UUAAAGAGUAGAAAUUUAAAUCUAAGCGGCGGCUACACUAGUAGUUUAUUAACGAAAGUGUGACCGUUAAUCACGAAGAAGAAGAAGAAAGUUUGUUAUCGGUUAGCACAAAAUUGACGAUGUGGCGAAUUAACGUGACUCUUAUAAACACCUAAAACCCAAACCCAAACCAACCACCACCUUCUUCCAUUUCUUCUUUUUCCCAACCAAUACUACAAUGGAGGCAUCAUCACCUUCAACUGUAUGGUGGGACAAGUGGGUUCAAGAGGCACUAACAACUCUUGAUUCUCUCAAAGUACUUCGAUCUCUUAGACCCAUUUCUCUACGGAGCCAGAAGGUUCCGGUAGAUCAUGAUGCGUUCGAGGUGUUUGAUGAAAUGCAGCAAUGGGAUCGUUCCUCUGUUGAAGUUGAAAUUGGUGAAACCACUUUUCGCGAAUGGAUGAAUGACACCCCAAGUUCUGGUGAAGAGAUUGUUUAUGGCACAGUUGCUAGUGAUGACGAACCAGGGGUAUGCCAAGAGAAGUUCAAAAAAUUAAUUUUGUUUUCGGGAAAUGAUUAUUUAGGGCUGAGUUCCCAUCCGACUAUAGGAAAGGCUGCUUCGAAGGCAGCUUUAGAACAUGGGAUGGGACCAAGGGGUUCCGCUCUUAUUUGUGGGUAUACCAAUUAUCAUAGGCAGCUAGAGUCGAGUUUGGCUAAUUUGAAAAAGAAGGAGGACUGCCUUCUUUGUCCCACUGGGUUUGCUGCCAAUAUGGCCUUGAUGACAGCAAUAGGAAGUAUUGGUUCUCUCUUAGCUGGGAAUAGCAUACCUUCAGAAGAUGAAAAGAUUGCCAUAUUUUCUGAUGCAUUAAACCAUGCAUCAAUAAUUGAUGGUAUUCGUCUUGCGGAUCGGCAAAAAGGUGUAAAAGUGUACAUAUAUAGACAUUGUGAUAUGUCCCACCUCAAUAUGCUCCUAUCUCAUUGCAGUAUGAAGAGGAAAAUUGUGGUAACUGACAGCUUGUUUAGCAUGGAUGGAGACUUUGCACCAAUGGUUGAGCUUGCAAAACUUCGCAAGAAGUAUGGCUUUUUACUAGUCAUCGAUGAUGCUCACGGAACAUUUGUUUGUGGCAAAAAUGGCGGUGGUGUUGCUGAGGAGUUAAACUGUGAGAAGGAUGUGGACAUAUGCAUUGGUACCCUAAGUAAAGCCGCCGGCUGCCAUGGAGGAUUUAUAGCAUGCAGCAAAACAUGGAAGUUGUUAAUACAGUCAAGAGGUCGUUCAUUUAUAUUUUCAACUUCUACGCCGGUUCCAGUUGCUGCUGCUGCUCAUGCUGCUGUUAGAGUUGCAAUAUCAGAGACAUGGCGAAGAAAGGCUAUUUGGAACCGGGUGAAAGAUUUUCAUUUGCUUACGGGAAUCCCUGUUACAAGUCACAUUAUUUCCCUAAUAGUUGGCAGUGAAGACAAAGCACUGCAAGCAAGCCGGCAUUUACUACAAGCUGGCUUCCACGUGAAUGCGAUCAGACCACCAACAGUGCCUCCUAACUCAUGCAGGCUGCGAGUGGCCCUAAGUGCUGUCCAUACAAGGGAAGAUUUGGAAAACUUAGCAGCUGCACUCUCCAGUUGCAUCAAUUUCCAAGACACCCGCAUUUAUGACUGCAAUGGCUAUGCAAGGUUAUAGCUUUUUUCCAUUCUAUCAUCAGAAUGAAUUGCAUCAAUGUUAUCUAUCCAGGAACAACACAGAUUUUGUAAGGAUAUUGCAUUCGUAGAGAUUUGUUAUUUCCUUGUGUUAUUAUUCCAUAAUAAUGGCAAGCUAUUUUGUCAACAUUUAGAAUUUCAAACAACUAUUAGUACUUUGAAUAGAGUACAGUACCUCCAUACUUUAUUGUAACCAACAUCAAGCACAGUAUUACAAAAGAAAGUAGUUUGUUUAAUUA